AUAUAUUUUGAUGCCUGUCUCUUUCAGAUGUGGCUUAUCCACACCUCUCAGUGCAUUGAAUCAGGUAUUCUGCUAGCCAUGGCCCUGGACUGCUAUGUGGCCAUCUGUGAUCCCCUGAGACAUGCAACCAUCUUUAUGCACAAACUUCUCAUUCAGAUUGGAGUUGGCGUGACGCUCAGAGCAGCCCUCCUUGUAGCUCCAUGUCUCAUCCUCAUCAAAUGUCGGCUGAAACACUACCGGACCACUGUGGUUUCCCAUUCAUACUGUGAGCACAUGGCCAUUGUGAAGUUGGCGGCAGAAGACAUUCGAAUCAACAAGAUCUAUGGUCUGUUUGUGGCUUUCACUAUACUUGGGUUUGACAUAAUCUUCAUCACAUUCUCCUAUACCCGAAUAUUUCUAACUGUCUUCAAUCUGCCUCAGAAGGAAGCUAGGCUCAAAGCCUUCAACACCUGCAUUGCCCAUAUUUGUGUCUUCCUUGAGUUUUAUCUCCUGGGUUUCUUCUCCUUCUUUACACACAGGUUUGGGUUCCAUAUUCCACCCUACAUUCAUAUUCUUCUGUCCAACCUUUAUCUGCUUGUCCCUCCUUUGCUCAAUCCUAUUGUGUAUGGAGUGAAGACCAGACAGAUUCGAGAUCGAGUGUCCAAGAUUUUCCACUCUAAGGCUCCAUCUUGAUUUUCACUAUCUCAUUUUAUUUCAAAUAACAACAACAACCACAAAACAGUGAAAAAAUGUUCUUGUGAAAGUCUAUGCUUUUUCAAGUUGUGUCAAGGAAUAUGUAGUUACAGUUUUGCAUUCAAGACAGUAAGUCUCUGAUUCCUAUUUUUAAAUUCUCACAUCUUUUGGAUACAAAAGUAGUUGAAACACACAGAGCUAAUCAUAAUCUAGUCCACACAUGACAUCGAAGACAGAAAUUAUGAGUACAUUUUGGAAGCUCAAUCAGCUGUUAGUCACUAAGACAGACAUUUCUUAAAUCAAAUUAAAUGUUAAUACUUUGGCCUCUGUUUAAAAACAUCAAGUGACAUGUUUUCCUACUAUAUAAGAAAUUCAAUAUAUUAUGAUUCUAAAUAUAUGAAACUAAUUCUGUCAUUUCUCUGCUAUCAUUUAUGAUCAUACUCAUCGUGCUAAAGUUCUUUCCUAAGUGAUCAUGAAUUAAACAGUGAGAGGAGGUUGAGAUUCUUAAUGUAUGCAUCAAAAUAUAAUAAUAAUUUCUUCUUUCCCCACAAAAUAUUUCACACAACCUAUUAAUGUAAAUUAAAUUCCAAUAGAGAAAUUUGAAUGGAGGACAAAUGAAAUAAAUAUGGAACGAUUAACAGUGAGCCUACUUGCUUAUUUUGUGUUAAGACCUUACACGUAAGUAAAAUAAUAUUUUAAAUAGCAGGUUUUAUAACUUUAUAGAUAAAUUAGAUAAAAAAUUUAAAUGUGAAAGUCGGGUGCAGGCUGAUAACGACAGCUCUGUAAGGAGAUGCAUGACCAUGGCCUAAUGAUACAACAGUAUGAGCAUGGAUUUGGACCCUCUCUCUCAUUCUACGUGCUACCUCCUGGUUAGUGUAUUUUCGUAUCACGUUCUUUGAUAUAAACCUGAGGUUCACAUUCUGUGUGGUUGGUGAAGUAUAGUGUCAGACUUCAUGAGGGCAAAAAGUAACAGUUUUAUUAGAUUUAUAUGUUUGGACUUUGGAGUAAAUAUUUCACAUGGAGACCUGGUCAUCUGCUGCACACAAAAUUGUGUGGGGUUUUCACCAUUAACACUGCAUCUGUAUAGUGCCAAAAGUCAGGAUUUUUCCAAUUGGACAUUUUUUUUCUUGCUUUCAAGAUAUUAGUCUCUUCAAGCGAUAUAUCCAUUUGUUUCCUUUACC